AUGACAAUCGAAACCCACAACCUCGGCCUCAAUCUCCUGAGAUUGGCCCCUUUGGUCCUUUCCACUGCCUCUUUGAUGUGCGGCGUCGACCAAGCGAACGCACUCCGGCCUUUCUCGAAGCCUCCUCUCGCCAAAACCGGUGGAUCUGUUCUCCCACACUGGUUCUCGGGGUUCUUUGACACCACCAUCUACGCCGUGGGUCUCUCGUACCCGCUUGCCUUUGCCACAUUUUGCCUCGAGAGGGUGCAGGAUACAGCCUGGAAAUUCCACGUCGACACCCAGCCAAUGAAGCCUACAGGACCAAACGGAGAGAACUACUGGCUGCCAGUUGUUGACGAUGCUACUCGAUUGAUCGAGGGGAUCAUGCUAAAGAACAAGAGCGAUGCCUCCCAUAAGCUCACUGCAUUUUGUGAGAGGAUCAAGCUGCUUACUGGCAGAUACCCUGGCAUCUGGAGAAUGGACGGCGGCUCAGAAUUCAAAGAGUUUAUUAAAUGGGGUGAGAAGCGAGGAAUGACUUUUGAGAUCACACCUCCAUACACCGCAGAGCCUAACGGCACAGUGGAGCGUUUCGGUGGACACAUUAACGACAUACAACAUGAUGACAACGACGACACCGUUGGAUUCAUGCCUGUCUCGCUUAACCACAAUGACUCGAAGCCUGACAACAAGCAGCAGCAAAUUGUACGCGCGCAACCUGUACAGACGCCUGCUCAGCAGCGAACUGUCCAAACUCCUGUUACGCCGUCUACAGUUCACCUUCCCACGAUUCAUGGAAGCGUCUCUACAUUGCCAGAGACACCGCGUGAGAAAGCACCGCAGCAAAAGGCUAUCGUCGCACCCCCGAUAUCGCCAAAACCCCCAGAAGAGACCAUUCAGCAGGAUGCUUCACAGCAAGCUACUCCCAUUCAGCAGAGACGGACUGAUUUCGAAGAAAGACUUCGCGAAAUUACAGCUCAGGUUUCUCAGCUGUCCGAGAGCAUGAAGGAAGUUCAUGAAGAAGCUGACAACAUUGAGAGAACUGCGAUCACAGAGCAGAGCUCAGAGACAGCUAGGUCGGAUGAAACUACACCUUCCCCGGAGCGUCAGAGAGCGGAUUACCAAUACCCUUUCUCCUCCCCAAUUCAGCAAGCCAGUGUAUCGCCGCGUCGUGAGAUCAUACAGGCAGUAGAGUCAGCAGCAAAGGGUGCAGCUUCAAGCAACGAAAACACGCCUGUCACAGCGAGAUCAGAGAUGUCACCAAGUCGUGAGAUCAUCUCUAUCCAGUCCUCGCCGGACCCUGCUAGCCCGAUUCCCCCACCCCCCCGCCGGUCAAGACGAGACAACAUUGGAAUUCCUCCUGACCGUUACCAUGAUCCAAAGCAGAAACACCUCGCCGUCGAGUAUGAGAAACGGGACCGUGAUAUUCAACGAGCUGCUAAGAGAGCACAAGCGAAGGAAUCAGGCGGUAACAACAUGACGGAGGGUGGAGGACAGGGGUCUGCGGGACCUAGCGGAAAUGCAAUGGCAAUCGCAGAAGACAAGGUUGACAUUGACGAACCAUUUCUUCAUGAUGGCAAACCACUCCAUGCGAAGGACGUCGAUCUACCAUCCACAUACAAGCAGGCACAGAAGAGCCCUUUUUGGCCCCAGUGGGAAGAUGCCAUGCAGAAACAGCUUGAUGAUCUCGCAGCAAAAGGCACAUGGAGCCUGAUUCUCAAACCACCAAAGGCUAAAAUCCUACCAGGCCAAUGGAGAUUCACAGUCAAAACCAACACCAAAGAUGAAGUCUACGGAUUUAAAGCACGAUGGGUCGUGUGUGGCAAUUUCCAGGACAAAAACGACGGAGAAACAUACGCUCCUGUCGUCGCUGAAUGCAUGAUCAAAAUCGUAUUCACACUGAUCGCGGUCUACGGUCUGAAAUGGGGACAGGUUGAUUUCACAGCUGCAUAUCUUAAUGCAUCUCGCAAGGAUGCUGAGACAGUCUACAUGAGACAGCCCACGGGAUUCGAACACACCGAUGCUUCGGGUGAUAAGAAUCAAUGGGUGUGCACACUGAAUCAGGCCCUGUUCGGACUGAGAGACUCGGCCUACUUGUGGAACGAGGAAAUGGAUGGCAAGCUUCGUCAGAUUGGUUUCCAUCCACUAGAUGAUGAUCCCUGUGUCUACCUGAAAGGCAAAGGCAUGAGCCUAACUAUCAUGAUGAUCCACGUCGAUGAUUUCAUUAUCGCAGCUCCAUCCGACAGUGACGUUCAACACGUCGUUGAUGAGCUCAGGAAGUAUUAUGACAUGAAGGAUCUCGGUGAACCGAAGCAGUAUCUGAACUGCGCUCUUGACAGAGACUACGAGAACAGGACUAUCACCAUGACGCAGACAGCGUAUGUGCAGAAGGUGCUUCGUACUGCUAAUGUGUCUGGCUGGAAAGAUACACCGCUACCUGCUGCCUGGCGUGAGACACAGGCUGAUGCCACAAGUGUACUGGACGACGAUGCUUUUGAUCAGUAUCAGUCUAUCGUUGGGAUGUUGAACUGGCUGGCUGUCAAGACCAGACCAGACAUCCGCUUUGCUGUGACACGAUUACAGCAUAGGCUUGCAAAGCCUACAUUCUCUGAUUACGAAACAAUGCUGCAUGUGGUGAAGUAUCUAUGCCGUCGUCCAGACAUCGGAACUGUACUGGGACGCACCGACGAGCUACGAUUUUAUGCGCACACAGAUGCUUCGCACGCAGACUGGGAAGACAGCAAAUCCACCGAGGGAUGCAUCUGGUAUCUCGCUGGAUCACCAGUGAUGUGGUCGACGAGAAAACAGACGAUCACUGCCAAUUCGACAACGGUCGCCGAGUGGUCAUUCAUGCUCCCUGAACACCGCCCGAUAGAGAUCCACUCGGAUAAUAUCAAUUCUCAACUGCUACUUUCGAAGAAGGGAGGCAGAUCGGCAAACAGAUGGCUUACACUGAGGUGGUUUUUCGUCAAAGAUGCGGUCGCACAGGGCCAUGUCGAAAUCCACCAUGUUGAUACCAAGAAGAAUGCCGCAGACGGAUUUACCAAGGCUCUCGCAAAAGACCAGUUCGAGGUAUUUGCUAAGCUCAUUGGCAUGAUCUAA